AUGUACGCGAAUGACGACCUAACCUGGAACCAAAGCAACAGCUUCAUCUGGUCCAGUGUUGAACCCUGCAUUGGCAUUACUUGUGCCUGUCUCCCUACGCUACGACCCCUGAUACGCCGAAUAUUCCCGACCUGGCUCGAAAGUGGAAAGCAGGGGAUCUCUACGGGCCGAUCGUUCAAAAGCGGCACGUCUUACCAUUCUUCCGGCAGGGUCUUCCGGCCCCAAGAUGAGGAAGAGAUUGUUCUCACGAACACGUUUGGGAAGGGUGAUCAUAUGGCCCCAAGCGAUCACACUACGAUCUCGGUUGAACGAGAUGUCGGGUGCUUCCCCCUGCUGGCGGUGACGGGCGCCUCCUUCACCCUCGGUCUGUUGGUUCGCUCUCUCUUUUCGCGAAUCGAACACCGCCAAACGGUCCUUCUCUCGCCGCGCGCAUCCCUCCUCCCAUCGCUGUCCGACGCGGAGAACCGCAAACUCCCUCUCCCGAACGAUGUACUGCCCGGGGCGCGCGACGUCGUGAGCCCGUUUGGAAGAGGGUACUCAGAUUGCCCGGCUGAUCUCCCUCAGGACGAACGCCUCUUCUCCACGCAAAUUUUACUUGCCUUGACUUCGUCACCACUCGCCUGGACGGGUGCGGAGUCCGGCAAAUUCUGCCUGGUCGGGUAUUCGCUGGGUGGUGGCAUUGCCACAGCCUUCGCGUCAUUCUUUCCGCAGCUUCUCUCGUCGCUGGUCCUUUUGGCUCCCGCCGGACUAGUUCGAGACUCCCAGAUUAGUUUCAAGACACACCUUCUUUACUCUCGUGGUCUUAUGCCCGAGUGUCUGCUGAGCUUUAUGGUCGCUCGUCGCCUGCGGGCUGGUCCCUUGGUGUCUCCGAAGCCUAAGAGCGAAAAGUUGAAUGCUGCGGACGCGCUGACCGAGGAGCUUCCGUCGCAAAGUGCUGCCGCUGUACAGAUUCUGUCACGAGAGUACCCGAAUAUCAAUGUGCCUUCGGCAGUAACAUGGCAAGUGAAUAACCACGCUGGCUUUGUUCACGCGUUCAUGUCCAGUAUGCGGCAUGGCCCGAUCCUGGCCCAGCGUCAGCGAAAUACUUGGACACGGCUUGGGAAUUACCUGACCGUGAAAAAUAGCACCACUGCAGAGGGCCAACCUGCUCACAAGGUCCACAUUCUGUGUGGCAUCAAUGAUGCGAUCAUCAUCAAGGAUGAGCUUGUGCCGGAUGCCACGGCUGCCUUGGGUGGAAAUGCGGUUUUCAAAUUCUACGAGGCAGGGCAUGAGUUCCCCAGCACCAAAUAUGAAGAGGUGGCGACGUAUAUUUCAGAGAUCUUGUGA